AUGGAUGAAACCCAUAGUUUGUUACUGAACGAGGAAGCUCUUGAGGCUUGUCCUGAGCAGAAGCGUCCAGUUUUCAUAUACGAAUGGCUUCGAUACUUAGAUCGGAUACUUCCCAUCACACAGAGGGAAGACCUCAAAAAUGUGCAGAAGGAGUUACAGAGACAGUUAGAAGAUCGACUGUAUACUGUAGUGGGUCCACCGACGAGGAAACUGCUGACACGAUGUAUAGCACGGGUUUACGCACUUACUGGGGAUAUUGCCUCGAUGAACAAUCUACUCAACAAUUGUAAUGAUACACUUAAGAACAAGGAUGAGUCUCCGAAGACAGUGCAAAAUAAAUUAGCAGCGUUGUCCUGCCUCGCAGCUCUCUACGAUUCCAUGGGCAAAAUGGCGGGUAGAUCAAUUGAAGACACUCUAGCGAUCUCCAAAAACUGGAUGGGAACUGCAGUUGCUCAUUCUCAAGCACACAUCAUGAAUACGUUGGCAUGUAUGGUAAAGGCUCUUGGUUCUGGAGACUCUGUAACAUACAAGAAAAUCCACACAAUUGCCAAAGGCUUGCUACAAGAUAGAACCCUGUGUAAAACUCCUCAUGUGAAGAUUGCCGCGCUGGAAUGUCUGACAGCUCUUGUACCAUUUUACACACCAAUUUACACAACUGAACUGGAAGCGUCUUGCACGAUGUGCAUCAAGGUUCUAGAGGGAUCCACGUAUGAGUUGAGAUGUGCUGUUGCAAAAUUCAUGGCUCAGUUGCUUGCAACUUCCAUGAAACCUCCACCUGGAGCUGCGUUGAAAGGAAAAUCAAACCAAAUGAUACCAGUCACACCGGCUACUGUAACAGACACACUCAAUCACUUGGCGUCUGGAUUCCUUCGUGGAGGUAUCGGAGGCUUUUUGAAAACUAGUUCUUCAACAUUCGCAACUAUGGGAAGAUCGGAUAUUCGAAUUGGAGUCAGUAUUUGUUAUGUAGAAAUGGUGCGAGAAAUGGGAUCGACUUGGCUCGAAAAACAUGUGAGAGCAGUUUGUUCUCAUAUGGUAGAUCUGGCAUCGAAGUGUGGACACUUAGCUUAUACCCAAAAUGCUGCUCAUGUCACCGAGGCACUAAUCAUCCGUCGAUGUAUCUCUUUCAUUCUACGUCAAACUGUCGGGGCAUUGCUGGGAGAAAAUGCCCAGACAAUCGGAUGCAAACUUUUGGGAGAGCUUCUGGGUCAAUACGUAGAUCUUACGAGCAUAGGAACAGGGGAUAAUUUGGAUUCGUCUGUUGAUAGCAACGAUUAUGCAAAUGGCUAUGCAGUUAUCGUGAUUCUUCAAGAAAUUUCUGUUCUUGUGAGACAAAUCGGAUCAUCUGUUAUGUCACUCUUCACUGAAGCUACUGGAAUCAUGGAGAAUAUUUUCAAGUGCCUUACUCAUCCACUUGCAUCUGUUAGAUAUUCAGCCGCUUGGUGUCUUCGAUGUGUGGCAACUGCUGUUCCGAAUCUGAUGACUCCACUAAUCGAUAGAUGCCUUCCAAGACUAGACCAGAUGUCUUCUUCAUCCAGAGCUAUCAGUGGAUUCUCCAUGGCUCUUGCAGCUCUUAUAGCAGCAUCAAACGACAGUUCAAAGCUUGGAGUACCCUACGCUAAACCACUGAAAGUACUGGAUCUCGCUGAAGAAAUGCUUCGAACUGCAACCCAGCAACCAAAACUGACAAUUGCCAAGUUGGAAUCUGGAUGGAAUCUCAUUAAUUCUCUGAUCCAUCUCGGACCAUCAGUAAUGAAAGAGCAUUUGCCACGUGUCAUGAAACUUUGGAAGGCGGCAUUCCCGCGAAGUGCACGAGAAGCUGAAACUGAGAAUAGCAGAGGAGAUGCAUUCUCGUGGCAAUGUGCCAUGGUUGCUCAGGCAGGAGCACUUUCAGUAAUGGAGGCAGUGGCUUCUGAACCUGAAUUGUGUUCCACAAGUAACGCACUAGAAACCAUGAAAGUACCUAUCGAAUGCAGUCUUGUAAUGAUGUCACAAGUUGGGAAUCUCAUCAAAAGUUAUGGAAAUGAAAUGAGGCAAGCCAAUUCAGUCGUCAGAAUCCGUCUUUACCGUCUCUUGCUGCUUCUUCCGCAUAAGAGUUUUGAAGGAAGCUACGUGGCUCUUCUUCGGGAGCUUGUCGCUGACAUUACACUAUCAGACAACUCGCAGAGUACGAUGACGACUUCUCUGCCAAUGACACAGUUUACCGGAGUUGAAAAGGUUCUAAUUUCUCCACUGUACAACGCAACAGACUAUUCUAUGGUUGAAGACUUGGUAAGUUAUCUUUUGGUAUUUCUGGCUCAACUUUCAUAUUUGCAGUUACAAACACCAAUAUCAUCUGUUGCGAUUGGAAACGUUGAAGAAGAUCUCUCCAAUCUCAUCCGAGCAUCGGCUUCACAAAUUGGAGACUCAUGGCCUGAAAACGAAUCUGAAGCGUUGACGUGCCUAAAUACUGCUCUGUUAACUUAUGGAAAAGUUUUCCCAUUGGUCAACAACAAACACAAACUUCAAAUUACCAAUCACUUCUACGACACAAUUCAAACUGCAACCAAAAAUGUUCCAAGAAAACAAGCGAUUUUUAUGAAUGUGCUGACUGCCAAACUUCUUGCUUACAAAACUCUUUGUGAGCAACGUGGGCCUAAACUGGAAAAUGAGGAAUUACAAAAAUCAUCGUUCAAACUGAUCAGCUCAUCACUCUCCAACACAUGCCCAAUGACUCGUUUAAUCGGUGCAGAAGCAUUGGCACGCCUUGCUCAAGCUGUUGGACUUCCACAAUACGUUGCUGAAACUGCGCAGUACUGCUUCAAUAUGCUCAAUAGUUGCAAGGAUGAAGUGAAUCGAUGUGGACAUGUUCUUGCUCUCGGAUGCCUUCACCGCCACGUUGGAUCUCUUGGAAGUGGACAACAUCUGAAUACGGGUGUUUCUGUGAUGCUAGCCUUGGCCGAGGAGAACAAAAUGCCAAAGGUUCAAACGUGUGCCUUGGUAGCAAUGGCGUUGAUAGCUGAAACUGGUAGUGGAAUGUUCCGGGUUUUCGUGGAAACCACAUUGAGUUCAUGUCUCAAACUUCUGAUCUCGACUCCAACUUUUGUAGUGGAUGUAGUACAAGGAAUCAGUAAAUGUCUAACUGCUCUCAUCACCUGCGUUGGACCGGAACUUAGCUGCCCAGGAGUUAUUGAUGGCGUUCGAACCUCGCUUCUUGCUGCUUGCGCCAUUCAACUAUCCCAUUCCGAUCCUUUCGUUCAAGCAGAAGCGAUUUCAGGACUUCAACAGAUGCACCUCUUCGCUCCAAGAUACGUUCAUAUGGCUCAGCUCGUCGUGGAUAUCAGUUCACUUCUCACUUCAACACAUCUCGUCAUCCGACGACAAGCAGUCAGUUGUUUGCGGCAACUUGUCCAAAGAGAGUCAAAAGAGGUUCGAAACCAUGCUCAAGUGUUGGUUCCCCAAGGAAUUGUGGAAACAAACAAGAAGAAGUUCGCUUUACCAGAAUCUGGAUUAGAAGGAGCACUGUUCGGGAUGCUGGAUACAGAAGUGAACAAAGAGUUGAGAGUUCAUCUACAAGAAACACUGGUCUCGUUGGUUCAAGGAACUUCUGGAGAGCUCUUGAACAAUUGGUUGAUGUUGUGCAAGGAGAUUCUGGCAACUUCCAAUGAUCAUGGAUUGGCAAGGAAGAAGGAGGAGAAGAAGGAACGUGUGGAAGAAGAUGGAGAUGAUGAAGAUGACGAGGAAGGCGAUGAUGAUACAAAUCUGGCUGGAAUUAGCUCAUUGAUGGAAGAAGAUAGAGGAAAAGUGCAACCAAGAUGGCCAACGAAAGUAUUCACAAUGGAAAUCGUGAAUCGAUUGAUGAGUGUUUGUGACACAGAAAGAGCCCAUUUGGAUAUGGCUCUGGCGAAAGAACUUCAAAUAACUUCAGUUGGAAAGAAUGAUUAUCUGGUUCUCCAUCUUUCGGAUCUAGUUCGAAUGUCUUUCAUGGCUGCUACUUCUGAUAACUCCUUACUUCGAAUUGCUGGAUUAAAAUCUUUAGAAGAAGUGAUCAUCCGUUUCUCGUCUUGUCCAGAACCUGAAUUCCCAGGACACAUGAUUCUGGAACAGUUUCAAGCGCAAGUGGGCGCCGCUCUCCGUCCGGCGUUCACUGAUGACACGCCCAGUAAUGUGACGUCAGUGGCUUGUCAAGUAUGCAGUACUUGGAUUGGAAGUGGUGUCGCCAGGGAUUUGAACGAUUUGAAGCGUGUCCACCAGCUGCUUGUGUCUUCUCUGAACAAACUAAAACACGGCUCGAUCAAUGUACAACUCUAUAGCGAAAGUGCUGCCACACUCGAAAAGUUAUCGAUUCUGAAGGCGUGGGCGGAGGUAUAUGUGACAGCGAUUGAGCAGGAUCGGAUGAAGAAUGAAAACGAAGAGGCUAGGGAUCAUUACGAAUACAACGGAAGUGGAUCACUAUUGUCUCUUGUGGAACCAGAAACCAAUUCACUAAUUGCUUAUUGGCUCGCUACACUCAAUGAUGCUGCCCUUCUUGCUCUUCCUGCUCACUAUUCUGAAAAAUUCUUGAGUCGUGGAGGGGCGUUUUUCAAUGCUCACAGUGCUGAAGCGUGUCGGGAAUAUUAUCAACUUUGUUGGCCUCCAAUUCUUCUUGCCUGCUCUACCUGGUUAAGUAAAAACAAUUUUGAACUACCCUCUGGAAUUGAGCUAUCACCAGAAACAGGAUCAGUGUGGAGAGAUGAAGGAAACAUCUCCAGAUUCUAUCUUCUAAUCGGAAUCGCCGUUGAAUCAUUGAGCAAUAAAACAAGACAAAUUGAAGAUGAAACUAUCCAAAUGUCAGUUAAAUCACUAACUCGAUUGCUUUCUUGCGAGUGGUGUCAAAUGCAUCUGAUGAGUGACGUUCCAGCUGCCAUCGAAAUACUUUGUGUUCUUCAUAGGAGUGUUCUUACAAGAGAUUGCCUCACAACUCAACUUCAGUGCAUCGAAUGCGUCCGAUCUAUCAUUGAUGCUGCCCAGUUGGCUAUGAGAAUCUGUGCAUCUAGAGAUAUUUCAAAUGGAAACAUGGAGAAUGCAGAUACACUGAGAAAAAUCCCAAAUGUUUUGUUCAGUGGGUCAGAAGGCGGAAACGAGGGACAGAUUAUCAAUGAAGGCGGAGUCAAAACUGUUAGCUACGCAGUUCUAGAGCUUGUAGUUUGUGCGAUUUUCAAGCAGAUGCCACAAAUCAAUUCCGCACAGCUGAAAACCAACAGUUUAGCUGCCCUCCAUCUACGAAAAGUGGGACGGCUCCCAGCGGAAAGUACUCAUUUAGUCAUCAAGAGUAUGCAAAUCCUGGUACAAAUUCCAAGUCUAUGUUCACCGCAAGCUAAAGUCACUGUACUCCCAGUCAUCAUGUAUCUCUUACUUGGCUUCAUUAGAGAGUCGGCAAGAUUAGAUGAAGGAUCAAUUCAAACCGAUCGUGCUGGACAUCUUUCUGCAAUUGCGGCGGCUGCAAUUCAAUCUAUUAGGAACAUUGUCAGUCAACCACCAGACGAUGAGACUGCGAUUAGCUGGAAGACUAUAAUGAGAAAUGCAUUUUAUUCCGUGCUCAAUAUGGCAGAAGAAAACGAACGAAUUCAACUGGAUAAAUGCGUGAUUAUGUUAGCUGCCGUAGUUUUCACUACAUCUGCUCCAGUAGACGUUGUUCUUGGUCAUCAGGAGUCGUUUAGCAAACUCAUUGUUUUAUUGAAACGACAUCUUCAAAGUGACAAUGUUGCUGUAGUUAUGAAGACUCUCCAAUCGUUAGGAUCAAUAUUUGGGCGGAAAGGGUUCGGAGGGAUCUUUGUGAAAUAUCUUGGAAAAGAGAUUAUGCCAGUUGUGAAACGAUACACAUUGAAAGUCGACAAUGAGAACGAGAAAAUUACGGAAUCCGAUUUGGCCAUCGUACAAGAGUGUAUGAAAGUGAUCGAGGUGUUGGCGAUGAAUGCAAAAGAUGGGAAACGAAUCCACGUCAUCUCGUUAUAUGUCCAACUGUUGGUUCGAUUCCUUCGAGCAACUUCUCAUACGGAAUGGAGAAAAGUGGGAACGAUCGAGAAGAAGCUUCAUGAGAUGGCUAUUGGAAGAUUGAAUUCGGCGGCGUUGAUGUGGCCGACGGAAUUCAAAAAAGUGGUAGAAUGGAAUAAGGAAUUGAAGGCAAGAGUAGAAAGUGCACUUCUUCUUCAAUCCACAAGACACUCCCAUCAAAUUUCAAUGGCAAGGACUCAAGAGGUGAAGACAACACCAGUCGUUCAACAACCUCGAAUCAGGUUGACAAUGUUUGGUGCUGACACUUAA